AUGUCUAUGCCAAUUGAAUCACCUUUAAAAUUGUAUAUGACAAGAUUCGACUUGCCACAGUCAAAGAGAAUACAAUUUGAAACUACCAUUAGAACUCAAACAGUACAAUCCAAUCAACUACUAGCAGAAGCAUCACUAAAGCGAAAUGAACUGAUCAUUGUCAUCGAGAAGAGUCCUGCUGCCUCUGUUAUCAAAGCAAUCGAGAAGUAUCUACCCGAUUUAUAUUCAUUCAUAUUAACAAUUGAAAACAAUCCAAAUAUUAGAUUAAAUGAACAUAUGUGUUUUGAUUGGACAAGCUUUGCAUGCACUAAAACAUUCUACGCUGCCUAUUCACUUAGAAAUGAAUUGGUCAUGGUAUUGAUGCUCUAUGGAAUGGCUCACUUUAAUAGAGUAGCAGAGAUCAACGAUACACUAAACGAAGAAAACUUUGAUGAGAAUAUAAAACUGAUGGCUAAUCACCUAAAGAUUGCUGCUGGGAUCUUUGAAUUUGUUAAUCGUGUUGAACUACCAAGAUGGGCGAAAUCAGCAGAUGAAUUACAUUUGGAAUGUUCGUCAAAUGUUUCGUUGGGAAUGUCGUUGCUGUGUGUAUCACUAGGCAAUUCACUGACGGUUAGAAAGGCAUUGCGAUCGAAUACCAGUCAUUCUCUGGUUGCCAAGAUCUCCUGUGAGGCGUGGCACAAAGCAGAGAUGGCCAAGAACACACUGAAGGAUCUAUCACACAACUUCAAGAGACUACCCAAACCAUUUAGAAACUAUCUAUCGUCCUACACUUCACUACAACACUCUGUAACCAUGAUGGAAAUGGCAAGAGCUGCCAUCGAUACCAAACAAAUCAGUAUGGCACUUACCUACUUUCAAGAAUCUAUAAAUAUCAUUUCAAAGCUGAAGAAACCCAGCGAUACAAAACAAUUGGAGAUACUGAAUAGUUUAACAAAUGAAAUCAACCAUGAGAAUCAAUCAUUGGUUAAACAGAAUGAGGUUAUCUAUUUCGAGAAAAAGGUUGAUCCUAAAACACUUAUAUCGGUAGACUAUAUACGAUCGGUUAUUGAUCUCGGUGCUGUUUAUCAUCGUGGUCCACUCAAUAGCUUUCCAUCGUUAAAGAAUGUACCGCUACCUCGACGUGUUUUCAACUACGAAGAGACAAUAGAAGCUGACUCCCUCGUAAAGAUAUUCUUUUAUCCAAGACACUAUAGUACCGAUCAUAUAGAUCUUCAACGAUUGGUUGUCUAUGAAAACGAUCAGUUUAUGGUCAUCGAUAAACCACAUGGUGUAUCGAUUGGACCGGUCAUCGAUAACUAUCAUAACAACAUCAAUCAUCUCAUAAAGACGUCGAGACCUUCCGAAUUGACAACCAUCUACAACCCACAUCGACUUGAUUUUCAAACACGUGGAUUAUGUGUUUUAGUUAAAGAUAGUGAUUAUAUAAGUCAAUUUAAUCUACUACUUAGAAAUAGAGAUAAUAUAUCGAAAAAAUAUAGAGCAUUUUAUAAACAAGUUGAUAAUUUACAAGAAGAUAAAGAUGAUAUUAUUGAACCUGGAUUGUAUACACACUAUAUGAGACCAACAAAAUCAACAUUUAAGGAGAUGUCACAUUCAAAGAUUGACAGUUGGCAUGAAUGUAUAUUACGUGUAUUGAAUGGUGGAAAGUGUAAUGUCGAUCUACCUAUAUCAGAUGAUGAACAUUCUUAUUUAAAUAUAGAUCUAAUCAACUCUGAUAAUAAUACCAAUAAUAAUAAUAGUUAUAUAGACACAAUUGGAAAAGGAAAUAGUAGAAAGAGAAUGAAUAAUGUAAAUUUAAAUUAUGUAGAUAUCGAAUUGAUCACUGGUAGAACUCAUCAGAUCAGAGCACAACUCACAGCAAUUGGGAAACCAUUGAUUGGUGAUAAAAUGUAUGGUGGUAUUCCAAUUCAACAACUUGCAAACCCUUUAUUCUCAUCAAGUGAUCAACCAUAUCCAUACCGGUCAUCCAAACAUUCUUCAAUCAUUGGAUUAGUAUCUUAUGAACUUUCAUUUAAAUGUCCGAAAACUGGAAAAGAUUAUUUCUUUUCAUUAGAUAAAAAUAAUAAUAAUAAUAAAUAUAAUUUGAAAAAUAACUUUAAAUUUAUUUGA